CCUGCUCUUGGGGGGGAGGGGUGUUUUUGCUGGUUGCCAGGCACCCAGAUUCCGGCCUCUUGACCGUGGCCGUAGCUAUGUUGAGUGUUCAGUUCUUACUGUCGCUGCUCUUGCUAGCCAUGUCUGCCCCGACCCAUGCCUGGUCCCGACCCGUGUGGUACCAGGUAGGGCUAGACUUACAGCCCUGGGGAUGCCAACCGGAGAAGCUGGAUGGUUGUCGAGGGCCUCUGGGGUGCCCUGGCUAUUGGAUAGGCCUAGGAGGGAACCGCAUCUACCCUGUGGCGGGGAUCACCAUCACGACCACCAUGAUGCUAGUGAUCAGUCGUGUGAUGAUGCAGCGGAAGCGAUCGCCCCAGCUCAUGACGGGUCCGCAGUCACAAGUGACCCCAAGUCCCAGUGGACCCUGGAAACGGCGGGCUACCGUCUCCGACCGCACCCUCCUCCUUGGAGUUCUUCAUAUGCUGGAUGCUCUCCUGAUUCAUAUUGAGAGUCACCUGCAGUGCCUAGCCACCAAGCAGCAAAUGCAAAUAAAAGUGACUCCCACUUAG